UCAGGGUCGGAACAGUUUGAAAUAGGUAUACACGUUGUGUUUACAGAUACUGUAAGUGUCUGUAGUUGUGUUCAUUGCUUAAUUUGUUUCGUGAAAAUUCUGUAGCGCCGUAAUUUGCAAUUUUAUUAAACACGAUAACUCGCUAGUACAAACGUUGAAUCAGGUCAAGGAAGCACAAUGGAGGACAAUCCUUAUAAUGACGGAAAACGUUUUCUUGAGGGACUGAUUCAUCGUGCAGAGACCCUUCUUAUGAAGAUGGUUUUAAAGUUGGAGCAAUCCUGUAUACCCUUAAAGGAAGUAAUAACAAUGAUUAAUUCGGUACACGAGUUUGUUAAUACGUGGGAAGAUGCUUUCGAGGCAGUUCCAGAUUUAUUGGAGUUUGAGCAGCAAUCGUUCGGUAGUCCUACUCAGAAUCGUCGGACGCUCGAUGUAAUUACUGACCAGAUACCAUUUACAAACCAAGGAAGCACAGAUAUGUCAAUUCAAUCAUCUCCGGUUUCUUUUCGUCAAGAGGCAUAUCCGGAUAAGCUGAUAUUUGAUUUCCCUGAUGCUUCAAUGGAUCAUUACAAACCAGGACAAACCGGCUUGUGCAGCAUAACUAUGCUCUGUAGCCAUUCAGAUGAAUUCUAUAUGAUUGAUUUAACUCCUCAUGAAAUCAGUGUGAUCUACAUAUUGAAAACGUUGCAAAAUCUUACAUCCACACUGCACGCUCUUCCCCAAUCGUCGGCCCAAGCUUUUGGGGUACUGUUGGAUGGAGCAAUUUUGAGAGCUGUCCGGAACAAAUGCACAAAACAAUGCUUUAUCAAACUCAUUGAUAUUGGUGAGGUGCUACCUUUCAAUCAAUCUAUGACUUUAUAUGAGUUACCACCAUUUUACGCAAACCUGCCAGCAUUUGCACUGAAAUGCAAAUUGUUGAACAUUGAAGACGAAACUUAUUCCGGUUCGCGACUGGACUAUCUGGAGGAAAGUCUUGGAAUUAUACGAUCAUUCAAGAUUGUGUCAGUUGAACAAUCAUGUUUGACAGUGACACUCAGUGGUAAACCAUCAGUGGAGAUUCAACCACAAACGGAAAAGCCGAUACAAGAUUGUACGUAUGGAAUUUCUGUAGACACACUAACAAAAGAUCAACUGGAGGAUCUGUACGAAGAACCGAUGAACACGACAAACGUAAUGAAGGCGGUUCUAGGUUACGAUCCGCAAGAUGACAGGAGGAUAUGUCCGUUUUACGACCCUGCCCUAGAGGGCUGUUUCAAAGGAUCUCGCUGCCGUCUGGAACAUGCAGCGAAAUUAACCGAUGGCUGGACUCGGGAUAAGGCGCUACACAAAACAAAGAUUCGAGCAGAGCUCGAACUUCCCAAGGUAGGAAGUGACCUUAUGCUGAUUCCAACAUAUAUUGCAAACGUGGACGAGUUUUACGCCCAUAUUCCACUCCUGGAACUGAGCGAAGCUUUGAUUGGUAUGCAAAACAAUCUUAACGAUCCUAAGUAUGUACGGGAGUUCAAAGAGCUGAACCACGAACCACAUUUUCAUGAAUUAGUUUUUGCCCGAUAUUCAGCAGACGGUCUUUGGUAUCGAGCAGAAGUGUUGGAGUUUUACCACAGCGAUCAGAUUUCGGUGUUCUAUGUAGACUAUGGCAAUAUUGAUGUAGUAGAUAUAUCCCAGUUACGCUACUGGGACGACCGUUUUGAUUAUUUACCUUUCCAAGCAGUGCACUGUCGUGUCGCUAAUAUCAGACCGAUUCGAUCAAAUCACAUAGAAGCGAUCGAACAGCUGCGCAACGCCAUACUGGACAAGGGUGUUAGAGUUCGUAUACUGGACAACAUGUCACCAUGGGAGGUUCUGCUUUAUGACAGUGAUGGUAAUGACAUCGGAGAAUUUCUAGUUAUCACCAAAUUGGCAAAACCGCGCGAACCCCUGGUGAUGGCGCAAACUCAUCGCAAUGUUGUUCCGGUGUGAACCUACAUGCUUACUUUAUUCCGUUAUAAUUAUCAUUCGAAAGUUAAUAAAAUAAGUUAAUAAAAUA